AUGGCAUACAAUACUGGUCGAGGCGGUGCUAGGGGAGGAGGCGGCAGAGGAGGAGGUAUUCGUGGAGUUCGUGGUGGAGGUGUCCAAAAACGCGGCGGUGGCGGCGACCGAGGACGUGGUGGCCGUGGCCGUGGUGGUGAUCGUGGACGUGGCGGUCGUGGUGGCGAUCGUGGACGUGGUGGCCGUGGCGGCGGACGUGGAUUAGGAUUUAAAGGAAAACCCGGAGCAAAGGGUGGAAAUAAAGUCAUAAUCGAGCCGCAUAGGCAUUUGGGCGUUUUUGUUGCAAGAGGUAAAGAGGACGCUCUUGUCACCAAAAAUCUUGUGAGUGGAGAAUCCGUUUACGGAGAAAAAAGAAUUUCAGUAGAAGGUGCAGAUGGUGUAAAGGUUGAAUAUCGAGUCUGGAAUCCAUUCCGAUCAAAAUUGGCCGCAGGAAUCUUGGGCGGUGUCGAUGAUAUUUAUAUUGCACCUGGAAAGAAAGUAUUAUAUCUCGGUGCGGCCUCUGGAACUACAGUGUCACACGUUGCCGAUAUUGUUGGUCCGGAAGGAAUAGUCUACGCCGUAGAAUUUUCUCAUCGAUCGGGACGUGAUCUGAUCAAUGUUGCAAAGAAACGUACAAAUGUGAUUCCAAUUAUCGAAGAUGCACGUCAUCCGCAAAAAUAUCGAAUGCUGAUUAACAUGGUUGACGUUAUUUUUGCUGAUGUAGCGCAGCCAGAUCAAGCGCGUAUUAUCGCAUUGAAUGCUCAUCAUUUUCUCAAAAAUAACGGAAAUAUUGUCAUAUCGAUUAAGGCGAAUUGUAUUGAUUCGACAGUGGAUGCAGAAACGGUUUUCGCGAGGGAGGUGAAAAAGCUACAAGCAGAAUAUAUAAAACCUUUAGAACAACUAUCCUUGGAACCUUACGAAAGGGAUCAUGCACUUGUAAUCGGCAGAUAUAUUAGAUCAAAGUAG